AUGUUUAGUGUUGGUCUUGAGGAAAGCCAAAAGGGUCAUGUUGUUUUACCUACAGUUCCACCAGGGAUCCUACCUUUGAUUGUCGAUUUUAUUUAUACAGGUGAAAUCAAUAUUGACAAAGGGACAGUACAACAUCUUUUGAUUGCUGCCGAUAUGCUACAGCUUCGAGAGCUAGUCACUGGCUGUGGAGAGUAUCUAAAAAGGGAAUUACAUCCAUCAAAUGCCCUUGGUAUUUUCAGAUUCGCUGAGACACAUAACUGCAUGGAUUUAGCUGGAGAUGCAUUAGCUCAUGCUCAAGCUAAUUGGAAUAUUGUUGCCAAUGAUGAAGAAUUUUUAGACCUACCACUUCAACAACUUGUAACUUUGCUCUCGUCAGAAGAACUUAAAGUUGAUAAUGAAGCCCAGGUUUUAUAUCCAGCGCUUCAAUGGCUGGAACAUGAUCCCGCGUGUCGCAGGCGUCAUUGCUUUGAAGUUCUAAGCCAUGUACGUCUGCCUUUGAUAUCGCCACAAGUUUUGGAUGACGCCCUUAAAACCGUACAGGAUCCCUCCAUAGCAGUAGCCUUGAAAACUGUUAGAGUCGAUAUGAAGACGGGUCGUGGUGCUUUGGUGUCGCUAGCGGCUGAACCUCGCGCCCGCUCACGUCGCGUGCUUCUGGUCGCGGGCGGCUCUUGCCACGACAACUCCGCGCACCCAUCCCUCACAACUGAUAAUAUACUGUCCACUGUCCUGAAGUUUGACUUGCAUAAAAGAGAGUGGGAGGAGCUUGCACCUAUGGGCAUAGCAAGAAUUCAACCAGGAGUAGCUGCGCUGGCUGGGCGUGUUUACGCGGUCGGCGGUGAACAAGGCAGCCAAAUACUCGCGAAUGGAGAAGUUUAUGAACCACAGAAUAAUAAAUGGUCUAAUAUUGCUCCAAUGAAGGAAGCACGCUGCGAAUUUGGCCUCACGGGUUGGAAUGGCAAUCUGUACGCUUUUGGUGGUUGGGUCGGUUCCGACAUGGGCGCUUCAGUGGAGGUGUACGACCCGAUCAAUGACGAAUGGACGCUUAGUGGUCGGAUGCCGGAACCGAGGUUUGGAAUGGGAGUAGUUAACUUUGAAGGACUGAUAUACGUGGUGGGCGGGUGCACGCACACGUGGCGUCACACGCGCGACCUGCUAUGCUACGACCCGGCGACCGGCAAGUGGGACGUGCUGGCGCCCAUGCGGCACGCGCGCAGUCAGGCCGCGGCCGUCGUGCUCGACAACUACCUAUACGUCAUAGGCGGCAACGCGCCGCGUCGGACCGUACUUACCUCCGUCGAAAGAUACAGCUUUGAUGAUAACACGUGGGAGGAGGUGGCGAGCCUGCAGGAGGCGCGCGCGGGGUGCGCGGCGGGCGCGGCGGAGGGCGUGCUGGUGGUGGCAGGAGGCGACAGCGAGUGCGUCGGCCAGCGCGCCUUCUACCGCGCGCGCACCACGCUCGCGUCCGUCGAGCUGUACGAGCCGCACGCCGACGCCUGGCGCGCCGCGCCGCCUCUGCCGCACUCGCGCGCCGAGGCCGGCGCCGCGCUGCUCUGA